AUGGCUGCAUUAAUGUGCUAUCUCUAUAACGAAACAAAGUUCAAGGAAGCUGGAAGGCAAAUUUUGAAAGAAUGCCAUGAUGUUCGAUUUUGUGCCGCUAAAAACGAAUACGGUUCCAUCAAGCAUAUCCGGCGAAAAUUUAAUUUACAACCGGAUGAUUGGAGCCUGAUUAUGAUCUCUAGGGACCCGGUGGAUCGGUUUCUCAGCGGUUUCGUCGACAAAUGCAUACGAAAACCCAAAGGCGACGGGUACUGUAAUGGGUGUGGAAGGAAUAUGACGUGCUUCUUGAUAUCAGAAUAUAAUCGCAUCAAACGACAAAUUGAGGAGGAUCGAUUUCCAAGAACAUUUGACGACCGCCAUUUUUUUCCGCAGUCUUGGCGCUGCAAUUUGAAUCAAGAGCGCCAGCGGUACAACGUCCUUCACUAUUCAUCAGAUGCCUCCGGGGCAUUCCUUGACAGCCUCAUCCCACAUCUUCAGGCACAACAGGUGCCUACAAGUUCCAUCAAAUUUAUCAGAGAUCAACUAUCAGACGGAAGAACUGUACAUAGUACUGUAGAUUCUAGCGCUAGGCAAUUCCUCGAAAAACGAUUACGCUCGAGCCCCUUCCUAAUGGAAUACGUCGUCCGCAUCUUCUAUUCCGACUUUAAAUAUUUCAAAUUCCCGCUCCCAAAUGGCUUUCAA